CAGGCACCCAAGUCGGACUCAUCACAGCCAGCACGAAAACGUUACGCUUAUUGGAAACCGUCACAAUUCUUCCACACCCAAGAUGUCAGGCCGCAGCUCCCUCUCCGGACAGCCAAGCACUACCGCGCCCGCGAUAGACGAUGACACGGUUGACGAGGGAUCCAUUUGCCACGAGUGCAGACAGGUGGAUUGGGAAGGCCUUCCCGUCUUGGCUGAAAGUCAGUCGCGAAAAAAAAGAUUUGGUGAGGUGCAGAGCAUUACUAUACGUACCAUAGAGACAAAUCAUGAGCAAGUAGCCUCUGGCACCUCAACCUGCAAAACCUGUCGCAUUCUCUCGAUCCUCCAGCCCGAGGCUCUUGGCACGGCCCCAUGGGUUGUUUUAGCUCAGAGACUAUUGGAGUCUGGUGGUUUUUAUGCGCCGGAGCUUAAGGGGAAACGUGGUGAGACGGUCACAGCACUAUUCGGACGGCCCAGAGCCGAAACUUCCCACUACGGCUACAGAUUGAAUGGCAUUGUAGCCAUCAAACGAAAGGACUCGGCCUCAAAAAUGAUCAUACCGAAAUCAAUCAACUACAAUAGGCUGAAGCUACUAAUACGAGAGUGCUCGGAGCAUCAUAAUUCAGACUGCAAUCGUAAGGCGCUCAACCAACUGACUGGCCUCAAGGUAGUCGACAUCUCGUCACGGGCCGUGGUCGAGGCGCCAGGCGGGUGCCAAUAUGUAGCACUGUCAUAUGUCUGGGGCAAACAGCAGGUUCACAGCCAAGAAAUGGAUUUAAACCGGCCCCCUCCGUUGAUUGAAGAUGCCGUCUCAGUCACUUCGUCAUUGGGGUAUCGAUAUCUCUGGAUUGAUAAAUAUUGUAUCCCACAGAAUGACUUUCAAGAGAGGUCUCGCAUGAUAAGCCAAAUGGACCAGGUUUAUUCAUCUGCUUCGAUCACAAUUAUCGACGCCUCUGGAGAGGACGCCCAAAGUGGCCUACCAGGAGUUUCCAACUUCGCGUUUCGGUCGCAACGACGACUUCACAUUGGGAACACUACCUUGUUAGAAUUACCCUCCGGUGCGCGUGACCUGAGGAGAAGCAAGUGGGCAACCCGAGGCUGGACCUACCAAGAGGGGAUUCUUUCCCCACGGCGUCUCAUCUUCACCCCCAAUCAGGUCCUCUAUCUCUGUGCUUGGAAUCACGCAGAGGAGUCUCUGUACUGCUUGCUUGGGAGGGACAGUCGGGACUUCAACACUUCGCCUCUCCGCAAUCUCAUCAUCGUCUCAUCCGACCCUGGGCACAGAAUCAUGACCGAGCACCCGGAUAUAAUUCGCCAGUUGAUGGAGUACAGCGCAAGAGACCUGACAGAUCAGGGCGACUCGCUAAAUGCUUUCCUUGGGAUUCUCAAUUUCCAUACCAACUGGCAGAGUUCAACCUCAACGACACCACAGAUUCUGCAUAUCCCAUGGGGUGUGGUCGCUCAACAUAUCGGACAGAACGAGCUUCGUCUUCAUCUCACCUGGCACCACCCAGCCCCUGCACAAAGACGGCCUCAAUUUCCCAGCUGGACGUGGGCGGGGUGGGGUGGGCCCCUGCUGUUUAAGGGGACAGGAAUCGUGCUCCUAAGACCUGGGAGGAAAUCGUUAGUCCCACGUCAUCUCACAUGGGAGUUAUCCUGGGACACAAAGCCUGAGUACCGCACGCCUGGCAACAUAUGGGAUCUCGCGGACCACGUGCGGAGGUCGUGGCCUUCGAAAACAGGCUACCCGUUACAGCAGCCAGCCCUUGUAAACCACCAAAUGAAGGUCACCUGUCUGGUUGUUGCCGUGAGUUUUGAGAAGGUGUCGGUUCCGAGAGACCAGCGUGGCAAGAGAACUGAGAUCCACGUCGCAGACGGGCAGUCUGGCAAUGGUGCCGAUGUUGUCCACAUCAUGCGAAUGCGUCCUCCACCAGAGACUCCUGCACCUGUGUUACCAAUCUGGAAUGAGGUCUACGUCGCGGCCGGAGCCCACCUAGACCAGCAGCCAGAGAGUCACGACCGCACCGUCGGCCUUGUGUUCGCGGAGAAACAUCCGGCCAAGAUCACCGGCUCGGUAACCAUUGGUUGUCUCCUCGCCCGGCAGGUGGGCCAGGGGGUAUUUGAACGAGUUGGGAUCAUCUACCACGUUCUGGAAUGCUACAAUGAACACACACCCUUUCGUGACGAGACUCUAUAUGGGGGCAUUUUCUUGGACAAGUCGGGUGGGGUUCUCGAUGAGGUUGAGGUUUCAAGAAGUGAAAUGGACGCGCCGUUUAAGGAUGUUGGUGAGAGGCAAACUAUCGUUCUGAUGUAG